AUGACGUCGAUUUUAUUCGUUGGGAUAAUUACUGGAUUGGUUCUAAUUCUAAGUACUUUAUUAGGAUAUAUAUUUUCAUUUAUUCGAAUUAUUUUUCAAAAACCAAUUAUUCCAACAGGUGCAAUUGAAAUUGAUGAAAAAGAACAUAUUUAUGCACAUCCAGAUUAUAGAGAUAAAUUAUUAGAUCUUUCUUCAUUUGGUGUUCAAACUUUAUAUGAUGUUAUUUUACGUGGGAUUCAAUUGAGUGGAGAUCGACCACAUUUUUCCUUCCGACAAUCAUCAGAUCAAUUAUUUAAAUCUUAUACUCACAAACAAGUAUUUGAAAUCAUUAAAGAAAUUGGUAGUGGUAUUGUUAAUUCCGGUCUUGAACCAUCCAAUGAGACGAUUUUUGGUAUUUAUGCAUCACCAUCAAUGAAUUAUGCACUCUGUCUUUAUGCUGCAUGGCCAUAUUCGAUGGUACCAAUCGGUAUUUAUGAUUCACUUGGACGAGAUGGUGUUAAAUUCAUUAUAAAACAAAGUGCAGUUGAAUUAAUCUUUGUCGAUAAUAUUCAACGUAUUCAAAAUUUAAUUGAAUGGAAAGAUGAAACAAUUGCUUUGAAAACUAUUGUUUGUUGUGUACAACCAUCAAAUGAAUUGAAGAAACUUGCUGAAGAAAAACAAUUAAAAUUAAUCACAUUUGAACAAUUAAAAGAAUUGGGUCGAAAUAAUCCAAUUGAAAUAGUUCCACCGAAAUCGACUGAUAGAGCAGUUAUUAUGUAUACAAGUGGAAGUACAGGUGAACCAAAAGGUUGUGUUCUUAGUCAUGAAAGUUUUCUGUAUGGUAUAUGUGCAAUUCUUAUUUCGUUGAAUUUAACGAAAGUUGAAGUUGAAGAUAUUCCACGAGUUUUAAACUAUUUACCAUUGGCACAUGUAUUUGGUUCGGGAACAAUUAUUGGUAUAACAUUUCUUGGCGGAGAGAUUGGCUUUUGGCAAGGCAAAGUUGAGAAAUUAAUCGAUGAUUUUCGUGAUUUUCGACCAACUGUUCUCGCUAUGGUUCCUCGUUUAUUGAAUAAAUUAUAUGAUAAAGUUCGAGGAGAUGUACGUCAAAAAGGUCUUCUAAGUCGAAUUAUAUUUCGAUUGGCUAUUACAAAUAAAUUAGCAUUAAUUCGUCGUGGUUAUUCGAGAAAAAAUACUUUAUGGGAUAAACUUAUCUUUGAAAAGAUUCGUCAAUCAUUUGGAGGAAAAGUGAAUCGUGUCCUUUCAACUGGUGCUCCACUUUCACCGGAAGUUUGUCAAUUCUCUCGUGCUGCUUUUUCAUGUGUAUUUAUUGAAUGUUAUGGUCAAACUGAAUGUGUGAUAAUCUGUUCUCAAACAUUAAAUGAUUUCGAAUCAGGUGAAACAGGUAUUCCAACACCAGUUACACAUCUUAAACUCGUCGAUGUACCGGAAAAAGAAUAUUAUGCGAAGGAUGGAAUUGGAGAAGUUUGUCUGAAAAGUCCAACAUUGUUUUUAGGUUAUUUAAACGAUCAAGCAAAGACACGUGAAGCGAUUGAUGAACAAGGAUGGUUACAUACAGGAGAUAUCGGUCGAUGGACACCUUAUCGAACAAUUAAAUUAGUAGAUCGAAAGAAGAAUAUGUAUAAAUUAAGUCAAGGAGAAUAUGUUGCACCUGAAAAAAUUGAAGAUAUUUAUUCACGAAGUCAAUUCAUAUCACAAAUCUUUGUGUAUGGUGAUUCAUUUGAAAGUUUCCUCAUUGCAAUUAUAAUCUUAAAUGAUGAUUAUGUCAAACAAUGGACAACACAUGAAGGUUUUCAUAAUCAAACAACAUCAUCGUCAAUAAUGAAUAAAAAAUUAAAAGAAAUUGUACUUGAAGAUAUGACAAAUGAAGGAAAAAAACGUGGAUUAAUGUCAUAUGAACAAGUUAAAGCAAUUGAAUUUAUUUCUGAACCAUUUACAAUUGAAAAUGGUCUUUUAACACCAACAUUCAAAGCACGAAGAUAUGCAAUUGAAAAGAAAUAUAAACCACUUUUUCAAACAAUAUAUCAAAAUACUAAAAUAUAG